AUGAAGUCAAGUGUUGGUAAUAAAAAAAUCGUAAAUAAAAAGGAUUUAAAAAAAAUGGUCAAUUAUCAUCGUUGGGGAGGACCCUAUUCAUCAAGUGUUUGGCCAGCAGGAGCAGAUCCCUAUGAUCAUUAUCCAUCAGCUCCGUCCUCUUCAGUACUUUGGCACGGUUCUGUUGAUGAUGCCUUUUCCAUUCCGAAUCGUUAUUAUCCUUACAUGCCUUAUUAUUAUUAUAGGCACUUGUUGCCAUCAUUUUCAUCAUCAUCAUCUAGUAAUUUAAGGAGAGGAAGUGGAGAUGGUGGAAGAUUGAAAAGAUCAAAUUCCUUGUCUUCCAUUGCUUCGUUAGACUCUGAUAGUAAUUAUUCAUUGGAUGAAACGACGAAGGAUAGAUAUGAAAGGGCAUGCUUGGAUAUGGAUCCACUCUCUGUACAUUUGAGUUUAGCUAAGAGGGAUCAGAAAAUUGAUCAUUUGAAGGGAAAAUUGAACAAAACAAAGAAAGAAUGUAAAAAACAAUAUGAACAUAUAGUUGUGGAUUCAGUGAGGACGAAUAAUUAUCUUCACGCAAAUCUGUGUGCACAAAAGGACAUUUCAAAAGAUGUUCACACAGAGAAUGAAAUGCUGAGAACUCGUUUAGCACAAAUUGAAUCCCAGAAUGCCACUCUUUUGAAUAGAAACCACGAGUUGGCUCAACAGAAGGAAAUUUCUGAUGAUUGGGCAGAACGAUGGCAUGAUAGAGCUCAAACCUUAUCCAGGCUCGUCAUUUCAUUCAAUACCAUGCUCCAUGAAAAAGAUGGAAAGACUCAAAACAGUCUCGAUAAGGAAAAGCUUGCCAAUCUCUUGAGUGAAUCGAGAGUGAAAAUUGUUGGAAGUCGAGAAACUGAAAUUGAAAGUGUGGAUAAAUCUUUGGAAGAUGAGUCCAAAAAUUCUAUUGCAUCACUGCAUCACAAACUCUUACAAGAAAUGCUCAAGGUUGAACACGAUAAAUGGCUGCCCCCUUACAAGAAUAGAAAGAGACUACAAGAAGAGGAUGAAAUGAUAAAGCAACAACGAGAUACCAUUCAACAACUUGAACAGAAAAUCAAGCAACUUCAGGAACAAGUCAAGAGAGAACAAUCUAAUAGUAUCAACCUUCAAACAGUUGCCAAAAAACAAGAACGAACUAUUUCUGAACUAUUUUCACACAUUAAUGAAGCUGACAAGAUGAGAUUAGAUCGUGAAGAGACAAUCCUCAAACUACAACAAGAAAAUGAUAAUCUUCUCAAUUCUGUAGCUUCCAAAACACUUCCUACCCGAAGGAAGUCAUCCUAUCUUUCCAAACCAAUCACUACCUCUAUUCUGUAA